AUAUUUUCUUCUCAGGACAAAUUGAAAAACAAAAUACUUAUUUCCUUCUUCAUCUGGUACACUGCUGCUAGUGGAGGAAAGUGGAAAAGAAAGGGAUAUUAUCUCUCUCUUCUUUCUUGUUUCUUCUUCUUCUUCUUCUUCUUCUUCUUCUCAGAAUCCAUUCAGGUAAAACCCUUCCAUUUAUUCUUUUUCACUGUCACUUCUCUAAAUGUAAUCAGUUCUGUCCAUACAAUUUUUUUAUCUUCUCUAGAACUUUAUUAUCUUCACAAACAGGAGCCAAGAUGACUCAAAAUAAAGCAGCAUUUUUAAAUGAUGAAUUAUCAAAAAGGACUUCAAUUUUUGGAUUGAGAUUAUGGGUUGUGUUAGGAGUAUGUGUAGGAGCAGCUUUUGUUCUUCUUCUCUUUGUAAUCUCUUUAUGGUUCAGCUCUAAACGUAAUAAAAACAGUAGUAGUAGUAGUAGAGGAAAAAGUAACUCUUUUUCUGGUAGUACUAAAAACCCCACUAUCCCAAAUGUUUCUAAAGAAAUUCAAGAAAUCAGGGUUGAUAAUAAUGGUAGGAAUGCUACUCAGAAUCAUCAUCAAGAUCAUCCAAAACCCAGUCCAAUCAAAAUGCAACAACCAAACCCAUUACCUGAAUCAGGUCAAAGCGUCGGUUCAAAUGAGAAUCAAGCUUUACUUUUACAUCCAGAAGAAGAGAAUCUUACUGGAGUUCAUAGAAUUCAUAUCGAAAUUGGUAAAGAUCAUAAGAUUACAUACCCUGUUAAUGGUAGUGGUAGCGGUGGUGGUGGUGGGUCUUCUCAUGGAAGUGGAGAGAGUCGGUCAAUUGAUCAAGUACCAAUUUCGAUCCCUGAAGUUUCUCAUUUGGGCUGGGGACAUUGGUAUACACUUAGAGAGCUUGAGGCUUCUACUAAUGGAUUUGCUGAUGAGCAUGUAAUUGGUGAAGGUGGGUAUGGGAUUGUUUACCGUGGUGUAUUGCAAGAUAAUUCUCAAGUUGCUAUUAAGAAUUUGCUCAAUAACAGGGGACAAGCUGAGAAAGAGUUUAAGGUUGAAGUUGAAGCGAUUGGACGUGUUCGGCAUAAAAAUUUAGUUAGGUUACUGGGCUACUGUGCUGAAGGAGCUCAUAGGAUGCUUGUUUACGAGUAUGUAGACAAUGGGAAUCUGGAGCAGUGGCUUCAUGGGGAUGUUGGUCCUUGCAGUCCACUCACAUGGGAGAUCCGUAUGAACAUUAUUCUUGGAACAGCGAAGGGGUUGACAUAUCUCCACGAGUGUCUAGAGCCAAAGGUUGUCCACCGUGAUGUAAAAUCAAGCAACAUAUUGAUUGAUAGGCAGUGGAACUCUAAGGUGUCUGAUUUCGGGCUUGCAAAAUUAUUGGGCUCUGAAAGUAGCUAUGUGACAACUCGUGUGAUGGGAACAUUUGGGUAUGUGGCUCCUGAAUAUGCUAGUACAGGCAUGUUGAACGAACGCAGUGAUGUAUACAGUUUUGGAAUUCUUAUUAUGGAGAUAAUUUCCGGGAGAAGCCCGGUUAAUUACAGUCGACCUCCUGGAGAGGUGAACUUGGUUGAGUGGCUCAAAACGAUGGUAUCAAGCAGGAAUUCUGAAGGAAUUUUGGAUCCUAAGAUGCCUGAGAAACCUUCCUCAAGGGCAUUAAAACGUGCCCUUUUAGUAGCUUUGAAAUGUGUUGACCCAGAUGCCCAGAAAAGGCCAAAGAUGGGACAUGUGAUACAUAUGCUCGAGGCAGAUGAUUUUCCUUUCCGAGAUGAACACCGUACUGGGCGGGUCGACCCGGGACGUAUGACUCGUGAUGUGAAAUCGGCAACUGAAUCUGGAGACAGCAGUGGAUAUGAAAGUAGCAUCCAAGCCACCAUGACAAGGUGGAAAAAACCAGAACUUGCAAACGUGGAUGAGAAACUUACUUGAUAAGGUGAGCUACUACUUUUUCAUCCAAAGCUGGCUUAUUAUGUGUACACCAUUUUUACUUCAUCUGUAUAUGAUUGUUAUAUCAAUGUUGUAUGCUUAUAUUGUAGAGUCUUAGAGCCAAUCUAUAUAUGUAAAUAAUCAAUGACUACGAGUGAAUCCAACAUUGGAAUUAUUUUGUUGAGAGGGUUUGGUUUUUUGUUAGGUUUUCGAGUACAUAGUUAAUAAUUUAUACUAUUUAUCAUCUCACGCGGAAUCAUCAAUUUUCUGCUCUAA